AAUCAGACCAAAGGGGGCGGGGUUAGCAACAAAGGGGGCGGAAAUGUCUAACUUGUGACAAGGCUUUUUACUCUUUAAAUCUCUCUCGUUAUGCCAGUCUGAUUGAUUUCUACACCGAUAUCGUUUUUAUUCAACCUUUCCGUAACUUUUAUUGUAAAAGCGAGAGGAAACGUCGGGAAGUGACGCAGCAUUUUGCGCAUGUAGCCGCCGCCAGCCUCCAGCUGCUAGCUCAUUAGCGUGCCAUGCUAGCUCGUUGCGAAACUCCUCGACAACAACAUUCCUGUCCGGAUUAUAAAGGCUGUAAUCUGAGGGGUUAAUGCUUUAAGGAGAGUGUAACGAGGAGAAAGAGGGUCAGGUAGAGUAAAAGAGGAUGUCGAUCCAGUAUGACGACCCUACAUUAACGGGGAGUUACGGGGUUGUGGGCUCUUUCCCCAAAAGUUUUGGUUAUGGGGUGGAUGUGCCUGACAUGGAGGAGGUCUCCUCAUCAGCUGACAAACCCAGGAUCCUGCUGAUGGGACUGAGGCGGAGUGGAAAGUCAUCCAUCCAGAAGGUAAAUCACUUAUAAAUAGACCCCAAACACACUUGCUGAGUCGUGAGACUGUUAAUAUAUGAGUACAAACUGAACACACUAUAGGGCUAAUUCUCAAAUCCUGUAAUUAAUCCCACAACUAUGGAAGUUAUUAUGUUCAAGAAGUUACAGCAGUGGUGCUUUAUGGCAGAUAUAAUAGCCAGGGUUCAUGAAUAAUGGCAAAUAUCAUACUUAAUAUUACUUUUAAUAGCUUCUUAUAGUCGUUUUUGCCACAUGCUCCCACUGUCCCUCUGUUUUACUAACACACACCUCCUCCUCUUCCUCCUCUACCUUGUACUUCUAAAUGGGUUUGUUGUGUUUCUCUCAAGCACUUAAUAAAUUAUAUGUGAUUCUGUUUUAAAGAUCCUUAUCUAUCAUGAUUUAAAGGGAUAUUCCGGCGUAAAAUUAAUCUAGGGUCAAACACGCAGUAACAGAGUUAGACACCCCUUCGAGAGAUAAAUGUUGCCGACCACUUGUACUUAAUUAAUUUUAUGUGAUUCUGUGUUAAAGAUCUUUAUCUAUCAUGAUUUUACAAGGUUAUAAGAAUAAAGUUGGCAUGCUGGCACAUUAGCCAAUAUUGAGUUAUCUCUCAAAUGCUUGUAUAAAUAUGCAUAUUCUCCUGUCAGUACAUGUUUUGGCUGAUUAACAAAAACUAAAAAAAAAAAACUGUUCUACAAAGGUUUCUUUCAAAGUAAGUGUCAGUUGGGAGCUCUGAAAAAUUAGUAUCUUGUUCAGUUUCAGUUUUGCUUGUUUCCAUAUCUACAUGCUAAAACUAAAAUAUACAGAAACAGAAAAUAAAUGCAAAUUGAACACAGCACAAAACAAGCCGUGGCAAAAAUGUAAAGUAGAUGUUGUAAUUCUUAAUUCCUGGAUGUAGACAAUGAAAGAGUAGAAGACUGACUCAGUAACCCUCUUUCUGUGUUUCCUACCAGGUUGUUUUCCACAAAAUGUCGCCUAAUGAGACACUUUUCCUCGAGAGCACCAACAAAAUCUACAAAGACGACAUCUCCAGCAGCUCCUUCGUCAACUUCCAGAUCUGGGACUUUCCUGGCCAGGUGGACUUCUUCGACCCGACGUUUGACAGCGAGAUGAUCUUCAAGGGAACCGGCGCUCUGAUAUUUGUCAUCGAUGCUCAGGUGGGGUGAUUACUCAAACUCAAGCUUAUAUCGCAGGUUUGAAUGGCUUUGUAUGUAAAUAGAUUAGUAUGUCACUUUUUUUGCUGAAUCUGUCUCUUGUUUCAGGACGACUAUGUGGAAGCACUCGGGCGGUUACACCUCACCGUUUCUAGAGCCUACAAAGUAAAUCCAGACAUCAACUUUGAGGUGUUUAUACACAAAGUCGACGGUCUGUCGGACGAUCACAAAAUAGAAACACAAAGAGACAUUCAUCAGAGAGCCAACGAUGAUCUGGCUGAUGCUGCGCUGGAGAAGCUUCACCUCAGGUGAGCGCUGACACGUCUGUACAGGUCGAGUCAGGUCUUUCUGAGUUAUUCAAAGAAUUUCAUUGCAGAUCAUCCAGUAGACGGUGUAUUUCUUGUAGUUUUAGCCUGAAAAGACGGAAUUAAUGUUUGAUAAAUUAAUACCAGACAAGUGUAGUUUCGGAGCCAGUUCAAGGGAUUUUAAUGUGUCGCACAAAUAAAAUCACCGCACAGAAAGGGAGAAAAAAGUUACUGAACUCUUAAAUGCAAUCAUCUUUUGAAGUUUUUGUCCUCCCUAAAAAAACCAUCAAGAAUAAAGUUAUUGAUAUCCUUCUACUGUAUUUAUGUAAUGUCCUAACCCUCCUUUCCUCUCCUUAUUUCCCUCCUCAGCUUCUACCUGACCAGUAUCUACGAUCACUCCAUAUUUGAAGCCUUCAGUAAAGUUGUCCAGAAGCUCAUCCCUCAGCUACCAACACUGGAGAACCUCUUGAACAUUUUCAUAUCUGUGAGUUGUUUUGGUUGCUUUGUUCAACAAGCCUCUACCUGCAGGGCUGCACAGUCUUUUUUCAAUCUUUUGACUGUUUGUACUCUUGUCAGCUGAUAUGUUGGCUCAAACUUUUCCAUAUUUUCUCACAUUACCAUCCUUCCUGUUUUGCAGCAUUCUGGGAUUGAGAAAGCCUUCCUGUUUGACGUCGUCAGCAAGAUCUACAUCGCCACAGACAGCUCCCCCGUGGACAUGCAAUCCUAUGAAAUCUGCUGCGACAUGAUCGACGUGGUCAUCGAUGUCUCUUGCAUAUACGGGUGAGAAGAACUGUGAACACCGUAAGUGCUGGCAAACAUCUUUAGCUUUUAUGCAGAGUUUACCGAAGCUUCUCUGCGGUCUUUUUCUCUGCAGGCUGAUGGAGGACGGCAGCGGCUGCGCUUACGACAAAGAGUCCUUGGCCAUUAUAAAGCUCAACAAUACGACAGUGCUUUAUCUGAAAGAAGUGACCAAGUUCCUCGCUCUGGUCUGUAUCCUUAGAGAGGAGAGCUUUGAGAGGAAAGGUGAGAUGUUUUCAUUUUUGAAUGCCAGCUUUCUAUCCAGACUACUCAGACCUGGAAAUGUUAACUUUGUUUUCUCUGCAGGUCUGAUAGAGUAUAAUUUCCACUGUUUCCGGAAAGCCAUCCACGAAGUGUUCGAAGUCGGUGCCUCGUCGCAAUGUGUAAGCACGUCCCGCAACAACCUAACAAGCUUGAAGUACGCCGCAGUGAAUGGAAGUGCCAUCUGAAGGCUUCGAGAAUAAGGACUCCGGUCUGUUUUGGCACACAAGUAUCCUGUCAAACUUCUGAUGCCUUACUUUGUGCGGCUGAAUGUUAGAGAAGCGGAGCUGCAGCUGAACUCUGAAUGAUGAAACUGUAGCUCUGGAUGCUGGAAUAAAUCUGAAUGACCUGCUUCUCCUCCUCGGGGUUUGAGCAGAGGAGGAAUAAAAGGUAAAGUCACGUUUCAGAUUCAUUUCUGUCCAAGUGAUAUAAGCCAAAAAAAAAAAAACUGACCAUGUAUCUGUCAUUAAGUUUCCUUUAACUCUGUCAGCUGUGUUUACCUUUUGGCCAGUUUGUUCUGUGAACUCUGCAAAAUACAAAGAGUUUUAAUGCAUUUUAAGUGCUUGAUGUCGAACUGAACAAAGAAUAACGACUCCUUUGACUCAAGCUGGAACUAGAUCACUACGAACUUCACUUCACACUCUGAAAAAGAGCAAAUUUAAUCCUCGAUCCUGCUUCUUUUCCCGUAAAAUGUGGACUGCUGUGAGUAGAUUAAAUCCUCGGUGUUAAAAAGGACAGUAUUCUUUUGUCAGUAAUAGUUUUUGUGCUCUCCACAGACACACCACAGGAGACUAACGUAUCAACAAAUCAGUCUUUCAGUCGACUUCCUGUAUGUGAUGAAUGCGCUCACCAAAAGCCCCUCCCACAGAUUCAGUUUGUAGCAGGUGUGUUUUGCUUCCUGGGGUUUGUGUGUAAGCGGGACCUGAGUCAUUAUUCAGAGACCAUGAUGAUUUGUUAUUAUUGUACAUAACUCUUUAAUAAAAUAUGUUUCAUAUUUGCUUA